CUGCUCUAGGAGGAUGCAGAACCCCUCACCCUCUGUCUGGAUAGUGCUGAUUGACCCUGUGCUGAUCACAUGCACUCUCCCAAGAAAAGAAAAGAAACUCUCUAGCGAUACACACCAAAUUGAGCAUGUGCAGCUUGGCCCGAGCCUCUGUUCUAUCAGGAUAUAUUUAGGAGACACUGGAAAAGGGGAGAAUCAGAGAAGAGAGGAUCAAACAUCUUUUUUUACACAAUGUGGAGGAUUAACCUCUUAGAUUCCACAGUGAGUAUAACAAGCAUGCUUUACCGCAUAUACAGACAGAUUUUACUGUUGUGGGUUUA